AUGCCUUGGGUCGUGGUGAGGUGUAGGUUAGUUGGGAAAUGGGAAUUCCCGGAACUGAGUGUUACGAAGAACAAAAGAAAGUUUGGCUGAACUGAGAGUCGAACUCAGGUCCCUUCCAUUAAUCAGAGUUGCUCUGACCUCUGAGCUACUCAACCAGCGGGAAUAGGUCAAAGCAGCGGCGCACCCGAGUCAAGCCGGCGGCAGUUCUCCCUCCCAUUGGGAGGUUGCUCGGUUGUUGACUACGCUUCAGCCACUUUUCCUUUUAUUCCUAAGCCGUGUGUUGGAUUCCGUCGAAUAGAUCGUUCGUUCGCGUUGGUCAAGAUCUACGGCAUGGAUCGGGAAGAAAGGUCGCUCGUUUUUUUGGUCAAUAUCCUCGCGUCAAGGCGAGGCUUGUUUCGUUGUAUUGGAUCGUUUUCGCUCGGCCCCGACGGCUCAACAGCCAGCACUCGAGACUCAGCCAAGGGAGGACAUCAGGCGCUGUCGGGGUGACGAGUAG